AUGGCUACAAGUAGUGAUAUUACUGGUUCGAAAGAAACAAGUGGAUCAUUCAUUUCAUGUGAUUUUGAAAUUUUUGGUACUGUUCAAGGUGUUUUCUUUCGUAAAUAUACUCAAAAACAAGCAACAAAAUUAAAUCUAGUUGGAUGGGUGAAAAAUACGUCACGUGGUACCGUACAAGGUCAUAUAGAAGGACGGAAAGACGAUAUUAAUACAAUGAAAAACUGGCUUCGAACAACCGGUAGUCCAAAAUCCAAAAUCACUAAAGCUGAUUUUUCAAACGAAAAAACAAUUGCACAAUUAAAUGGAAAAUCAUUUAAUGUUAAUAAAUAG